AUGCGGCAGACCUCUAACGGCAGUGCCCUCUCUGGGUUCCUCCUGAUUGGGUUUUCAGAUCGUCCUCAGCUGGAGCUAGUUCUGUUUGGGCUCAUCUUGUUCCUUUACCUCAUGACCCUUCUUGGCAACACUACCAUCAUCCUGGUAUCCCUGGUGGACUCUAAGCUCCACACCCCAAUGUACUUCUUCCUCUCCCACCUCUCCUUCCUGGACCUCUGUUUCACCAGCAGCAUCAUUCCUCAGCUACUAAUCAACCUGGGGGGCUCAGAUAAGUCCAUCACCUACAGUGGCUGUGUGGCUCAGCUCUAUGUCUCCCUAGCCUUGGGAUCCACAGAGUGUGUCCUGUUGGCAGUGAUGUCCUAUGAUCGCUAUGUGGCCGUCUGCCGUCCCCUUCACUAUACCUUUGUCAUGCGUCCUCGGCUUUGUCAUAUCCUGGCAACUAUGGCAUGGCUCAGUGGAGUGGCCACCACCCUGGUCCAGUCCACUCUCACCCUGCAAUUGCCUUUUUGUGGGCAUCACCUUGUGGAUCAUUUCUUCUGUGAGGUCCCUGUGCUCCUCAAGUUGGCUUGUGUGGACACCACCUUCAACCAGGCUGAGCUCUUUGUGGCCAGUGUCAUUUUCCUGAUAGUGCCCGUGUCUCUCAUCCUGGUCUCCUAUGGCUGCAUUGUCCAGGCAGUUCUGAAGAUCAAGUCAGCCGCGGGAAGACAGAAAGCAUUUGGAACCUGCUCCUCGCACCUCAUGGUGGUCGUCAUCUUCUAUGGGACCAUCAUCUUCAUGUACCUGCAGCCGGCCAAGAGCCGAUCCAAGGACCAGGGAAAGUUUGUUUCCCUCUUCUACACUGUGGUGACCCCCAUGCUGAACCCCCUGAUUUAUACUCUGAGGAACAAGGAAGUGAAGGCAGCACUGAGGAAAAUCAUGGGGAAAAAGACUUUCUGGUUAAGAGGCAAGGGAACCAAAGCCUGA